UGUGUGUGUGUGUGUGUGUGUUAGUUGAGGAUGCUGGAGCGCUACCAUUUACCUAAUAUCUGAUUGAAGUGUACUAUUUCUUAAGAAACUCUGUGCAAGAACGAACAACGAUUACAAUUCUUCAAGAAAAUGUAUGGGAGAGCUGGUCUUGAUCGCUUCAAGAAGGCUCAAACUUCGGAACCAUUUUCUGUCAGUGUGAGUAAUUCUUCUGCCAAUGCUAAAUCACCCACACAGCCUUCCAAUAAACCACUUGCCAGCCCUUCUGCUUCCAACUCUCAGCACCACCUAAGCCAGUUCCAUAACCAAAACCCUGGCUCCCAGAAGCCUCUACUGCCGGAUGUUGCACAACCUGUACCCCCAACUCAGCCAGUGACUCAGGUUGGAGGGGGCCAAUCAACUUGGCAGCCCCCUGAUUGGGCAAUUGAACCUUGUCCUGGUUUUUAUUAUCUUGAAGUCAUCAAGGAUGGCGAGGUUCUUGAUAACAUCCAUUUGGAUAAGCGGAGGCACAUAUUUGGACGGCAAUUUCAAACUUGUGACUUUGUGCUUGACCACCAGUCUGUCUCACGGCAGCAUGCUGCUGUCAUUCCUCACAAGAAUGGAAGCAUAUACGUGAUUGAUUUAGGAUCUGCACAUGGCACAUUUGUUGCAAAUGAGCGGUUAACCAAAGAUUCCCCUGUUGAGCUUGAAGUUGGGCAGUCUUUACGGUUUGCAGCAUCUACGAGAACUUAUAUAUUGAGAAAGAACAAUGCAGCUCUUUUUCCGCCACCAGUACAUCCUUCAGAUAUUAAUAUACCCCCACCCCCUGAUCCUUCAGAUGAAGAAGCUGUUGUGGCUUACAAUACAUUUCUAAAUCGGUAUGGGCUGGGCAAGCCAGAUGAGUCUAAAUCUUCUGAUUUUGAUAGCUCCUUACAGGGGAAAGAUGAGAGGGCAGCUAAAAGGAUUAGGAGAACAAGAGUGGCUUUUAGAGAUCAAGUAGGGGGAGAUUUGGUUGAAGUAGUUGGAGUAUCGGAUGGAAUUGACGUCGAUACGGAGCCUGGUCCACUGGGUGUUAAAGAAGGAAGUCUUGUUGGGAAAUAUGAAUCCCUUGUACAAAUUACGGUGAUACCCAAAGGCAAGGAACAGUCCUCCUCGAAAGAAGUCGGUGUUUCCCAAGCGGGCGUAACUGAAAAACUUAAGCAAGUUCUAGACAAGGUAAAAACUCCUGUAAGGAGUGGGAUUUAUGAUGAUCUCUUUGGAGAAUCCUUUUCCGGUAAAGUUGGUUCGUCUUGGGCAUUUUCCUCCGCUAAAUCUGGUGAGACGCAAGCAUCUCCAGCCAGUGAGAUUGAAGGGACAGCUGAUGCUGCCUCUGGUGGAGAGCUCGAUAGUAGCUUAAGUGCGGUUGACAAUGAGGUUGAUGAUGAUUUAUUUGGCUAGCUUUUUGGCUAAGUUUUUUAAUUUUUUAGCUGAUGAGGAGGGUUUUUUUCCUUCUGUAAAGGGACAUUUUUGUUGUACUUCGCUGUUAAAUAUCCUUUGUUUUGCAUCCUCAUCCGAGCUUCCAAAUUGCACUUCUUGAAAUUUUUAAUCUCUCCCUCUAACUUGAACCUUUAUGAUUUGAAGGAAUUGUACUGAUCAAUUGUUAAA